UGGAUAUGUCCAAACCCCUAAGAGAGACCAACAAAAUAACCUCACAUUUAUCACUUGACAGGAUCAUAUCAUCCACACAAUGAGCAAGCGGCAAUAGUUCAGGAGAAUCUGUAAAUCAUAAGGCGCGUGUGUUUAAGUCUCUUUUGGAGAGCAGUAAAGGCGAACAUACCAUUGAACUUUGUUUUCUCCGUAACACUCUCAACCGUCAACUCCUUUUCACCAAAAUGGAGAGUCGUGGGUUGAAGCCAAUGGAUGCAGAGCAACUGAGGGAGAAUGCUCAUAGAAUGGUGGAUUUCAUUGCUGAUUACUACAAAACUAUUGAGAAUUUUCCAGUUCUUAGCCAAGUUCAGCCUGGGUAUCUUCGUGAACUUGUACCGGAUUCUGCUCCAAAGCAUCCUGAGUCACUGCAAAAUGUUCUUGACGAUAUUCAGGCAAAGAUAUUGCCAGGGGUAACUCACUGGCAGAGCCCAAAUUACUUUGCAUAUUAUCCUUCUAAUAGCAGUGUUGCUGGAUUUUUGGGAGAAAUGCUUAGUGGUGCUCUUAACAUUGUGGGUUUCAGUUGGAUAACUUCUCCUGCUGCAACAGAACUUGAGAUGAUUGUUCUAGACUGGCUUGGUAAAAUGCUUAAGCUACCUGAGGACUUCCUUUCAACAGGACAAGGUGGUGGAGUUAUACAAGGCACUGCAAGUGAAGCUGUUUUAGUUGUACUGCUCGCAGCUCGUGAUAAGGCUUUGCGGAGGGUUGGUAAAAAUGCUCUUGAAAAGCUUGUGGUAUAUGCCUCUGAUCAGACACAUUCUGCUUUACAAAAAGCUUGCCAGAUUGGGGGAAUUUAUCCAGAGAAUUGCAGGGUGCUUAAAACAGACUCUUCAACUAAUUAUUCCCUUUCCCCAGAUGUACUUGCUGAAGCUAUCUCACAUGACCUUGCCAUUGGAUUAAUACCUUUCUUUUUGUGUGCUACAGUUGGCACUACAUCGUCUACAGCUGUUGAUCCUUUGCUUGAACUGGGAAAGAUUGCCAAGAGUAAUGGAAUGUGGUUUCAUGUGGAUGCUGCAUAUGCUGGAAGUGCAUGUAUAUGUCCGGAAUAUCGACAAUAUAUUAAUGGUGUUGAAGAAGCUGACUCUUUUAACAUGAAUGCACACAAGUGGCUUCUAACAAACUUUGAUUGUUCAGCACUUUGGAUAAAGGAUAGAAAUGCUUUGAUUCAGUCCCUCUCUACAAAUCCAGAGUUUCUGAAAAACAAGGCCUCUCAAGCAAACAUGGUUGUGGACUAUAAAGAUUGGCAAAUUCCUCUUGGACGUCGAUUCAGAUCAUUGAAACUAUGGUUCGUGUUACGACUUUAUGGUUUGGAAAAUCUACAGUGCUAUAUAAGAAGUCAUAUCCAGCUGGCUAAACAUUUUGAAGGGCUUGUAGAGCAAGACCCUAGAUUUGAGGUUGUUACCCCGAGGAUAUUUUCAUUGGUUUGUUUCCGCCUUUUGCCACCCCAAAAUAACCAAGAUGGUGGCAAUAAACUGAACCGUGAGCUAUUAGAUAUUGUAAACUCAACUGGGAAAAUCUUCAUAUCUCACACAGUUCUAUCAGGUACAUACAUAUUGCGAUUUGCAGUAGGGGCGCCAUUGACUGAAGAGAGGCAUGUGAAUGCAGCCUGGAAAGUUUUGCAAGACGAGGCCUCUACCUUGCUGGAGAAGUCUUAGAAUAAUUAGUGUUUAUUGUUUAGUUUUAAUCCAUUAAUUGUUCCUGUUGCUCCACAAUGGUGAUUUCUUAGAAUUUGAUUCUCUUGAUUUAUGCUGUUACCUAAAUAUCUUUGAAUGGAUAAAGAAAAAUGGAUUUUUGUUUUGGGCUCA